CUCCAGGCUCGUCAGACCUCCGGCUUGGCGGCCUCUGCCAGAGAAACCCGCGGCCACGCCGCCCCGCCCCCGCCCCAGGAGCGCGCCCCGCGGCUCCUCACUCCACGCCAGCGGCCCUGCCUGAAGCAAGCUGCCAGCCCUGAGGACCACCCAGCUUGCGCCCUCAGCUUCCUCGUUGUGGAUAUCUUCGCUGCCCCAUCCCCCCAAAGGCCACCCCUUUGCCCCUCUCCAGUUCAUCAAAAUAGCGCCCUCCGCUGUUGGGAAUUCACCUCCGCUGGGUCCCUAGCCUCCUAGGGGGCCUUUGACUCCAAAAGAAAACGACUAUCACUGUUUUCUUAAACUCUCCCUCACACACUGUGCGCUUCAGGCUGAGAUCUUUUGCAUGCACCGAAGUUUCUCCCCAUUUCCCUACCUCCUUUCCACCCCAGCUGCUUCCAUUUACUCUCUUUCCUUAGAUACCCACCUGUCUCUUUACACGUGUCCAUGUGGAAGGACAAUUUUCCUCUCGUUUCCUUAUUACCAUCACCUACCUUCCUUUCCUUCCCCAUCUCGCCCCUUCCUCCCUUUCCUCUUGUCUCCUCAGAACUCAUUUCUUAACACUUUUCUUUUUCUGGCAGGACCUUUUUAGGUAAUGCUAAGUGAGGCAACAUAAUAGUGUGAAAGGAUUGUAGCUUUGUAUGCCUGACUCCACAAGAAAACUUAAGUUUUUCUAGUACCAAACUAUCUUUUAAAUUUUUCCGUAUUUUUCAUUGGUACAUUAUAGUUGUACAUAGUGGUGGGUUUAAUUGUGCCCUAUUUGUACAUGCAAACAAUAUAAUUUGGUCAUUGUGGUUCCCCGGUAUUUACCCUUUCCCUCUCCUCCUCCUUCCCCCUUGUCCCUUUUCUCAUCUACCUUGGAUUUUUUUGACACCCCUCCCCCCUUUAUUUUUCUUUUUCCUCUCUUGCUUCCACUUAGAAAACAUACAGUUUUGACUUUCUGAGUUUGGCUUUUUUCACUUACCAUAAGCUCAGGUUCCAUCCGUUUUCCUGUAAGUGACAUAAUUUCAUUUUUUAUGACUGAGUAAAACUCCAUUGUGUGUAUAUACUUUUUUUUAUCCGUUUAUCCAUUGAUGGACAACUAGGCUGGUUCCAUAGUUUGGAAUUGUGCUGCUAUAAACCGGGUUGGCAUGUGUUACUGUAGUUAUGCUGACUUUUAAUUCUUUAGGAUAAAUAUUGAGAAAUGGUAUAGCUGGGUCAUAUGGUGAUUCCAUUCCUAGUCUUUUGAGGUACCUCCAUACUGAUUUCUGUAGUAGUUGUACUAAUUUAUAAUCCCACCAACAUUGUAAAAGUGUUUCUUUUUUUGUUGUUGUUAACCAGACUAUGCUUUUGUAAGUUGUUCUUUAUUUUACUAUACAAAACUCUUUUCCUUCAUUUUGUCAUACUCCCCGAUUUGCAUCAUUUAUGGAGGACACAUCUCUGCUUAUGUGGGACUCAAGUAGAUCUCAAAGUCAGAGAAUGGCAGGUGAACAGAAACCCUCAAGUAACCUUCUGGAACAGUUUAUUUUAUUAGCCAAAGGUACCAGUGGCUCAGCCCUCACUGCUCUCAUAAGCCAGGUGUUGGAAGCUCCUGGAGUAUAUGUCUUUGGAGAGCUGCUGGAGUUGGCCAAUGUGCAGGAGCUUGCAGAAGGAGCAAAUGCUGCUUAUUUGCAGUUGCUGAACCUGUUUGCCUAUGGAACAUACCCAGAUUAUAUAGCCAACAAGGAGAGCCUGCCAGAACUGAGUGCAGCUCAGCAGAACAAGCUGAAACAUCUUACCAUCGUGAGCUUGGCAUCAAGAAUGAAGUGUAUUCCCUACUCUGUGCUGCUGAAGGAUCUGGAAAUGAGGAAUCUCCGAGAAUUAGAAGACCUCAUCAUAGAGGCUGUCUACACUGACAUCAUCCAGGGCAAGCUGGACCAGCGAAAUCAGCUGCUAGAGGUGGAUUUCUGCAUUGGCCGUGACAUCCGCAAGAAGGAUAUCAAUAAUAUUGUCAAGACCUUGCAUGAAUGGUGUGAUGGCUGUGAAGCAGUUCUGCUGGGCAUUGAACAACAGGUCCUGAGAGCCAACCAGUACAAAGAGAACCACCACCGGACUCAGCAGCAGGUGGAAGCAGAGGUUACCAACAUCAAGAAGACACUUAAAGCCACUGCGUCCUCUUCAGCUCAGGAAAUGGAGCAGCAACUUGCUGAGCGGGAGUGUCCCCCUCAUGCUGAGCAGAGGCAGCCUACCAAGAAGAUGUCCAAAGUGAAAGGUCUGGUCUCCAGCCGCCACUAGGACCGGCUGGGGCAGCUGGCACUCACCAGGCCUGGGUCAGGUGGGGAGGGGACACCAAGGGCCUAUUUCCUCCCUUCUCUACCUACAGUGAGUUCCAGACCUGCCCAUCCCCUCACCAGCGUCUCCCCACCCAUUGGUACCGUUCCAGAAAAACCAUUACUCCUUUCCCCGCCCACCCCCUCAUUCCUAUUGUUCCCUCAGACUCAGGGGCUCCGUGGAUGCCAUCCUAACAGGGUGGACACUGCCCACUUCUCUCCAGGAGGUUCUUGUCUCUGUAUGGGCUUGUCUCCCUGCCAGUUUUCUUUUGCUCCAUGUCAUUUUGUCAGGCUGGUCAUAAGCCGAAGGCAGCUUUAACCAGCCCACAGGGAUGACUGCGGAGAAGGCCCCUCUCUGGGCAAGGAGGGGGUGUUCCUUCUCUAGGCCCAUGUACCACAGUCCCCAUGAUGGUGCAGGCGCUCUCUAGCCAGGUACCCACAUGCUUGUUUUCCCUCUCCUGCCUUAUCCCUGUUGGCAGCUCCAGUUCAACCAUGGAGGGAUGUGAUGCUGGGCUAUGUUUACUAAACCUUCGGGUUUUCAGCCUCUUAAACCCAGCUUGGAUCUCUCGUUAUUUGGGAGUGCUAGACUGACUAACCUCUGGUAUCUGAGCACAAACAGAGGGUGCUGUGGGUCUGCUGGUGGCAGAAGUGUUUCUCCCAGCUUGGUGUCUUCUGCUGGCCACUCUUCCUGCUGCCUCUGACUGCUCAGCUUUGUUUUGGUGUGUAGGCCCCAGCUGCUCUCGGGGGCUGUCUGCCAGCACUUGUUCUCCCAAGACCUUCCACACUUCUUGGCCGCCCCUGUGGCAGGGGUGGUGGUGUUGGGGCCCCUUAGUCUGGUGAAGGACUGUUGCUGCUGCUUCUCUUCCUUCCUUCCCCUCCUUGGCUGGUGAUCCAGAGCCCUCUGAUGACAGCAUACUCCUGGCCAGAGAAAAGGACUUGACUAGACUUUCUGAACUUGAACAGUUUCAGGUUAUAUUUUAAUUUUUUUUUUGUACAGGUUAAUUCUAAUACAUUUCAACAUACUUUUUUCUCCCCUUGUGUCAAUAUUUGUUAUAGACUAAUCGCCGGGGAUUUUUUUUACCUGGUUGGAGGGUGGCAUGUGUGUAUGUGUGUGUGUAUUGUUUUGUUUUUAUAAAGGGAGGUGGAAGUCCUGGACUGAUACUAAAGUUCAUUGAGGAAAAAGCACAUUUUAGAACAACAACAACAACAAAAAUAAAAGUGUAGAUUUGAUGUAUGUGCCUGGAGUGUGGGGUCCCAUAGCUGGUAGAUCUGGAAAGGUGGGGAGUCGGGUGGUUCAGGGAAAUGAGAUGCUACCAUGGUUAAAAAAUGGGUUUUUCCUUUUCCUAAAAUGUUCAGCAGAUGUUGCAGUGUUCUCAUGUCUCUUUCAUGUUGGUAUGUGUGCCCGAACAACACUGUGCCCAAUGAGAGAGAGAAGUGUAAUUCCCAAAGAGUCUUUCAUGAUUCCCUGGUCACAUACUUGUGGAAAGGGGGUUCUAUUAUUAAUAAACGUGGCACUCCCUGCA